GGAAUACACUUUUUUUCUUUUAUAUAUACAAAACUCUCAAGCAGCCUGUGUGUUCAGCCUUCUACUGUUGGGAGGUGAAGUGGGUGGGAUUAGUCAAAUCUAUCUGCAGAUAUAAUACCUUAGACCCGCCCCUCCUCUCAGUGUGAACCCUCAGAGUCCCGGGAAGGCUGGAGUCCUGAUGCUGCUCUGACACAGUGGAUUUGGCAGCGCGCAGGACAGGAGGACCAGGGUUUUAAAUCGCGAUCAUAAGCAUAAGGCAAAGUCCUAGUAGAGAACAAAUCCUUGUUCUCAUGGUGGCUCCUUCAUCUGCCAGGUCGAGGAGAGCGCGGUGAAGUGCUGGCUGUUUGAAUGUCUCCUCCAGGCUCCAUGGAUUACGCACGGACCAUGGCGCCUCCGGUCCCCCCGCACAACCCCACUCAGACCCGGCCCGGGCAGGCGCAGGAGCGGCUGCUGAAGUGCGUGCUGCUCGGCGACGGAGCGGUGGGCAAAACCAGUCUGGUGGUCAGCUACACCACCAACGGCUACCCAACCAAAUAUGUCCCUACUGCUUUUGAUAACUUCUCAGCUGUGGUUCAGGUGGAUGGAAACCCGGUGAGACUACAGUUGUGUGACACUGCAGGACAGGAUGAAUUUGACAAACUCCGCCACUUCUGCUACAGCCGGACCGACGCCUUGCUGCUGUGUUUCAGCGUGGUCAGCCCCGCGUCCUUUCAAAACGUCUGGGAGAAAUGGGUCCCCGAGAUCCGCCGCCGCUGCCCCCUCACGCCCGUCCUCCUCGUGGGCACGCAGUGCGACCUGCGGCAGGACGUCAAAGUGCUGAUCGAGCUGGCGCGGCGGAGGGAGAGGCCGGUGCUGGAGGAAGACGCCCGGGCGCUGUCGGAAAAAAUCGGGGCGGUGACGUACAUCGAGUGCUCGGCGCUGACGCAAAAGAACCUGAAGGAGGUGUUUGACGCCGCCAUCGCUGUCGGGCUGAGGCAGUCUGACAGGAGAGUGAGGAGGGAGAGGAAGGUCCGCAGCACAGCUGAUAAGAUGAAGAUGCUCUCCAAGUCCUGGUGGAAGAAGUAUGUGUGUGUCCAGUAGGGAGAGAGGAGACUUUCCCUGUGACUGGUGAUACAACUGGAACUCUUUUGUGGGGACAGAGUCACAUGUAAGGACUUUUUUUUUUACAUUCACCUGGAAAACCCCAAGAUAUGGAAAGCCAGAAUGACUUUGAGCUUUGUUCAUGCCUGAAAGAGAGACAGAGCAAGAGGCUUUAACCACUGUCUGCUAAAUAUGACUGUGACCAGCAUUCAACCAAAAAUAACAGAGCUAAUAAAAUGUUUUGGCUCACGGACGUGUCCAAAGGAAACGUGAGCUGAUUUGGAGGCGGUGAUGUCAUGUACUAAAAGUAUACUCCUCCUAUGUAACUGAUUUGAUGCCCUUCUUUAACAAAGUAUAUUAUUUUAUGUGUAAUACACUGUAAUUCAGCCUCCCAACACUUCUGAUUUCACUGAAAUGAGAACAUGAAGUUAAUGUCACUGAGAUUAAAUCCCCAAAUCAAAGAUGGAAUAAUUCUACUGCUGAGAGCCAAAGCCAGUCCUGCACCUUGUUCAGCUUGUUAUGAGUCAGAUGUGUUACUGAUCACAUUUAUUUAAACCUCUUUUGGAUUACAAUCACCUGUAAAUGAGUAUAAAUUCUUUUAAAUUUGAGUUCUUGGGGAGCGUUGUAGUCCAGUCACCGAGUUCUGUUUAACCCAUUGAAGCCUGGAAAGCAGAUACGUCGUUUUGUAGUAUUUGUAUAAGCUCUCAAAUACUUUUUGAAUUUCAUUUCUAUCUGCUACAGAGGCUGAAAAAUCUAUUAUUUAGUAGAAGCGUUGACACUUCUGUUGAAUUUCCAGAAAAACUU